GAGGCCGCACCGAGGUUAGGGUAUCGUCGGCAGAACCCGCUAUCCAAUAAGAACUGAUAAGAACUGUCAAAUCUAUCAGGGACCCUCGAUAAACAAGGGCUUCGGUUUCGUGCGCUACAAAAAUAAUCAGAGUACCAAAUGGCCCUGGGAGUAGUUUGAUCCUUCAUAUUGGUUAGUGGUAAAAUGCUGACGUCUGCCACGUAGCGUAACGCGAAUAAUUCGUCUAACCUAACUUACAACUAUUCAACACGAGAGUUGAACACGUCCGAUUAUUGAAUAUUCUCCAACAUUGCUUAUGGUAAUCGCCGACUCGCCCCUCCACUUUCUAACUUCGCAAGUUGGACGGCUGUCGUGUCAACAAACGCCGUUAAUACGAUGUGCGUUUCAUUGACAGUGUGUGCGUGGGAGUGAAAUUACUUCAAUGAAUCGAUUAAUAACGUGAAUAGGUCGGAAGCCGCGUGUGCGUGCUACGUAUAUAGUACGCUGCUCUCGUGUUAAGAGUAAUCUCUUUCCGACCACGCGGCGACCUGUUAAUUGAUAACAGUCUCUCUAAUUAGAUUAGAUUAGUGUGUGCUGCACCGCUCGAAAUUUAUUCAAAACUAAAAGCCUGAUGCACAAUACAGAGAUGUCAAACGAUACAGCAGCGGUUCCGAAGAAGAAGAUGAUGACGACUUGUGCCAAUGUCUCGGCACAGGCGCAUCAUGUGUCACGAGCAAAACGUGGUCAGGCUGUGGGGGCGGUUAGAGGUUUUCGGGGGUGCACGAUCUGGUUUACCGGUCUUUCUGGAGCAGGAAAAACCUCGAUAGCCUUCCAGGUGGAAGCUUUGUUGGUGUCCCAUGGAAUACCGGCGUACGGUCUCGACGGUGAUAACGUCCGUACAGGGCUCAAUAAGAACUUGGGAUUCAGCAAGGAAGACAGGGAAGAAAAUAUACGAAGAGUCGCCGAGGUGGCUAAGCUUUUUGCCGAUAGCGGGGUAAUAAGUUUGUGCAGUUUCGUAUCACCGUUCGAGGAAGACAGACAGAUGGCUCGUCAAAUACACAAGGAUUCCGAAUUGCCAUUUUUCGAAAUAUUUGUCGAUACCCCGUUCAACGUAUGCGAAGCUCGUGAUGUUAAGGGAUUGUACAAGAAAGCCAGGCAAGGUGACAUCAAAGGGUUCACCGGAAUUGACCAGAGCUACGAGAGGCCUUCUAAUCCUGAUCUAGUCGUUACAACGGAAAAUAUUACCAUAGAAAAAUCGACGGCCUUGGUUAUUGAAUUUUUGGAAAAACAUGGAAUCAUUCCAAUUCUUCCUAGAGCUGACGUUGGUGUAGUCGAACUCUUCGUACCAGAGAAGAGGAUUCUUACGGCCAAAGCCGAAGCGGAAACCCUGAAGAGCAUAGAUAUCACGCAAGUUGACCUGCAGUGGGUUCAAGUGUUGGCUGAGGGAUGGGCUGCUCCACUUACCGGGUUUAUGAGAGAGAGCCAGUACCUCCAAACGCAACAUUUCAAUUGCCUCGUAGAAGAAGGUUCUGAGAUCAAUCAAUCGAUACCGAUAGUUUUACCGGUGUCAACCGCCGACAAGGAUCGUCUUGACGGAGUUUCAGCACUCACUUUGAAGUACGAAGGUAAACCUGUCGCCAUUCUCCGCAAGCCCGAAUUUUACUACCAUAGAAAAGAAGAGAGAUGCAGCCGACAAUUUGGUACCAGUAACAGAGAUCAUCCUUACAUAAAAAUGGUCUAUGAAUCCGGUGACUGGCUGGUUGGAGGAGACAUCGAAGCUUUGGAAAGAAUAAAGUGGAACGACGGUCUCGAUGAGUAUAGAUUAACUCCCAAUGAGAUUAGGAGAAAAUGCCAAGAAAUGGGUGCCGACGCGGUUUUCGCUUUCCAAUUGCGUAAUCCUAUCCACAAUGGUCAUGCACUUCUCAUGCAGGAUACCAAAAGACGUCUUUUGGAAGAAAGAGGAUUUAAAAAACCAGUUCUAUUACUUCAUCCUUUGGGAGGUUGGACGAAAGACGACGAUGUACCAUUACCUGUUAGAAUAAAGCAACAUAAAGCUGUUUUGGACGAAGGCGUCUUGGAUCCAAACGCAACGUUGUUGGCUAUUUUCCCGAGUCCAAUGAUGUACGCGGGACCAACCGAGGUACAAUGGCAUGCUAAAUCCCGAAUGACAGCGGGGGCCAACUUUUACAUAGUGGGUAGAGAUCCAGCGGGAAUGCCACAUCCCGAUAAAUCUUCCGUACCCGAUGGAAACCUAUACGACGCGACUCAUGGUUCGCGAGUUCUCUCGAUGGCACCGGGACUGCAGAGUUUAGAAAUCAUUCCAUUCAGAGUUGCUGCGUACGACACUGUGAACAAGAAGAUGGCAUUCUUCGAACCCGAGCGCAAGCAAGACUUUGACUUUAUUUCGGGGACUAGAAUGCGUGGUCUUGCACGAUCCGGGGAACAGCCACCAGAUGGAUUUAUGGCCCCUACGGCGUGGAAAAUCCUCGCUGAUUACUAUCAGACUCUGACGAAAAAGUGAUGACUAUUUUUAUUGUUGUUUUUCCUUUUUUCAUUAAGUGCGGAGGUAUUUCGACAACCGAUAACUUACGAACUAGGAAAAAAAAAUAAUCGCACGCGUUACUUACAAUUAGUCAAAAUAAUUAUGCAUGAUCCCGAAGGGUAUUAUCACGUUCUAUGAUGAAUUUUUACUUUUAGCACAAUCAACAAGAUACCUAGAAAGUUAUCUUGCUGCUUGCCUGUAAUCACUGUUUUCAAUAUUCAAGACCAUUCCUUAGUUUUUUGGUGUUGAAUUUUUACUACGGCAAUUCUCAUACGCCUCCAUUGCGUAUAUUGACUAACAAUUUUUGGGGCACAUAACAGAAUUUUAUUUUUACAAUUAUUUACACGCAGUUUAUUAAUUGUUAGUUGAUAUUUUAUAUAUAUUUUAUGAAUAUACACACUAUAGUUUAUAAUGUACAUUAAUAGUCAGGUAUUUAGGGUCACAAAUUCCACGUUGCGAGUUGAAAUUGCAUACAAUGCGAUCACGCUCAAGUAUUAUUUACGUGAAAACUUAUUGUUAUUGUAAAAUAUAUUGCCGAUCGAUCAUAUACUAUUUAUUGCAGAUGAAGGAACACACUUAAUAUGAAAUGUACAUAAAUAAUGCUUCACUUAAAUUAUAUCAACAUCUAGGAUGCUCUAUAAUAAUUCACUCCUGAAUUCAGUUGUCGCAUUCGAAUUCUUGUCUUAACAGAAAGCUAUACGCUCAAAUUCUGCAAAAGUUUUACCUGCUUAUACUCACCCGAAUGAAACACGUGAAAUGGACGGAAAUCCUUCAUAUUAUUCGUGAAGUAUUAUUCGGUCAAUCUUAAAUAAAUAAUUAUCUCUGAGUACUUUAAAAUAUUUUAUUGUUGCAGUAAGGUAUUUGGGUACAAUUAGAUUUUUCAUCAUUCAAUUAAAACAACAGAACCAUGGGGGGGGGGGGGGAGGGACUAUUCCAAUCCAUAUUGACAUUCACCACUCGAUUCAUGUAUAGGAAGUAAGUUUGAAUCAGUGAACUUGAAUCGAAACACAGGACUGGUUUAUCAUUCAAGAUACUAGGUGAAUUGUCGAUACGUAUCAUGAGUAACUAAUUACAUGGCUUAUGUUAAAGCUGGAAUAUUUAUACGAUCAGCGUGACAUGUUAUAUAAAAUAAUGAAAUAUAAAUUACUCUAAAGA